AGGAGGGGCAGGAGGAAGGGCUAGCGGCGGAGAGGAAGUUCGGCUGGGUCAAGGGCGUGCUCGUGCGCUGUCUGCUCAACAUCUGGGGCGUCAUCCUCUUCCUGCGUCUGCCUUGGGUCACGGGCCAGGCCGGCAUACUGGACGGCCUGCUGAUCGUAACCUGCGGGAACGUGGUGACCGUCAUCUCCUCGCUCUCCAUGUCCGCGAUCUCCACCAACGGCCAGAUUAAAGGGGGCGGAACCUACUACAUGAUCAGCCGCUCACUGGGACCCGAGUUCGGCGGCGCCAUCGGCCUCAUCUUCUCCGUCGCCAACGCCGUCGCCGCCUCCAUGUACAUCGUGGGCUUCUGCGAGUCCAUCAACGACCUCCUGGCCUCCUUCCACGUCAAAAUCGUCGACGGCGGAGUCAACGACGUCCGGGUGGUCGGCACCGUCACCCUCGUCGUCCUCUUCGCCAUCUGCGUCAUCGGCAUGGAGUGGGAAGCCAGGGCCCAACUGGUGCUUCUAGUGGUGCUGCUGGUCGCCAUUGUCGACUUCGUGAUCGGAGCCAUCGUGGGGCCCCUUGACGACGAAGAGCUGGCCAAGGGCUUCACCGGUUUCAACAGCUCCGUGCUCCUCGGCAACCUGUAUUCAGACUACAGACAGGACGCCCUCGAUCCUGCAGGCAAAUCCCACGACUUCUUCAGCGUCUUCAGCGUCUUCUUCCCCGCCUGCACCGGUAUACUUGCAGGAGCCAACAUAUCCGGGGACCUCAAGGACCCCUCGGCAGCCAUCCCCAAGGGCACGCUGCUGGCCGUCGUCGUCACCUACGCCUCCUACCUGUUCCUGAUCGUGGUGUCGGGGGGCGUGAUGCUGAGGGACGCGACGGGCAACGCCUCGCAGGCAGCCGACUGGUCCUUCGCCGAGUGCCAGAACACAACCUGCGAGUACGGCCUGCACAACAGCUCGCAGGUAAUGGAACUCGUGGCGGUGGUCGGCCCCCUCAUAUACGCCGGAUGCUUCGCUGCCACGCUUUCAUCUGCUCUGGCAUCGAUCGUGUCAGCUCCCAAGGUCUUCCAGGCUCUCUGCAAGGACAAGCUGUAUCCGUACAUCGAGUUCUUCGCUCGCGGCUACGGCAAGAAUGACGAGCCGUACAGAGGUUACGUGCUCACCUUCUUCAUCGUCCUCGUCUUCACCCUCAUCGCCCGACUAGACGCCAUCGCGCCCAUAAUCACCAACUUCUUCCUGGCUGCCUACGCCCUCAUCAACUUCUCCACCUUCCACGCCUCCCUGCAGCGCAUUCCCGGGUGGAGGCCGACGUUCAAGUACUACAACCUGUGGCUGAGUCUGCUGGGCGGCGUCAUGUGCACAGCCAUCAUGUUCCUGAUUCAGUGGUGGACGGGGCUGCUCACUGUGGCCAUCAUUAUCAUCCUUUAUCUCGUCGUGGCACACAGGAAACCGGAAGUCAACUGGGGAUCGUCAACCCAGGCUCAGACGUACACCCUCGCUCUGAACUCCGUGGCUUCCCUGGGCCAAGUGGAGGAGCACGUGAAGACCUACCGACCUCAGAUUCUGGUGCUCUGUGGGGCGCCGUCGGCCCGACCUCCUCUCCUGCACUUCGCCAACUCCAUCACCAAAAAUAUGUCUUUGCUCAUCGCCGGGCACUGCCUCAGGGAGCAACAGCCCCACCGCGUGCGCACCCGCCUGACGGCCGAGGCAACGAAGUGGCUGGUCCGUGGGAAGAUCCGCGCUUUCUACACCUUGGCCGACGGUCCCUCUCAAGAGCAGGCGGCGAGGAACCUCAUGUGCAACGUCGGCCUCGGGAAGCUGCGCCCGAACACCGUCCUCAUGGGCUACAAGGCCAACUGGCAGACGUGUCCACAGGAGGAACUCCAGAGCUACUUCAAGACUAUCCACUACGCCUUCGACCUGCACCUCGCCGUUGGCAUCCUGCGUGUGGACGGGGGCCUCGACUACUCCAACCUGACGGAGGUGACCGAGGAGGAGGAGAAGACCCUCGCUGCCUCGACCUCCUAUCCUGCCGCCUCCAACAACGCCCCCUCGACCUCCGCGCCUCAACAUCCCGAAGGAGGAGAAGUGAGCCUCCACCCCACCCACCUGCACGAGAAGGAGACGCAGAUCAGUCCCUCUCUUGCGAAAACCCUAACUCACGGGUUACAAAAAUUAACUCAAGGUAAAGUUAAUUGGGCCACAUUCACUGCAAGUCCGGAUCCCAGAAUGCAUGCCGCCACCUCCGGCCACCUCACUUCGGUGCCCAGCUACCCGUCGUCGCCCGCUGAGGAGAGGCUUCCUUCGGACACCAUCCUCGGCGUCCUGAAGCUCGCCAAGAAGAAGAAGAGUCCUACGUACAAAGGCCCUAGCGGGGAGGUCGUGGCGCCGCAGGUGGUGGACUCCAUGCUUCGGUUCACGCGCAAGCAGCCCCAGGGAACUAUCGACGUGUGGUGGCUCUAUGAUGAUGGCGGACUAACUAUGUUAAUUCCAUACAUCUUGACAACUCGUUCCAACUGGUCCUCGUGUAAACUACGGGUAUUCUGCCUCGCCAACAAAAAGGACGAUCUGGCCUCAGAACACCGGCGGAUGGCUGAGUUAUUAUGUAAAUUCAGGAUUGAUUUCACCGACGUCGUAAUGAUCCCGGAUGUCCAGCGGAAGCCACGGGAGGACUCCUUGAAGGAUUUCCAAAACCUUAUCAGCAAUUUCUUGAUAGAUCCUGACGAAGAGACCCCGGAGCCGGCCCAGGGCAUCACCGAGACAGAGCUUCUGGCGCUGAAGGACAAAACCAACAGACACAUCCGCCUCCGGGAACUCCUGCUCGAACACUCCGGCGAGGCUUCGUUUAUAGUCAUGACGCUCCCGAUGCCUGUCGUAGGAACGGUGUCCGCGUGGCUCUACAUGGCCUGGCUGGAGACGCUGACCCGCCAGAUGCCGCCCUUCCUCCUCCUGAGGGGCAACCAGUCCUCGGUGCUCACCUUCUACUCCUGAGAUGGAUCUUCAGUUAUGUACAUGGAUAUUGAUAUCUGU